GGCGUGACCUACACUCGCUCGCGCUCUCCAUCCUCAACUCUUCUUCUGUCUCUCUACGUGACUGACUAUUAUUGUACUCUUUCUUUAUUCCUCUUCCACUGCUCAGCGCCCACAUGCACGCCCCCUCGAUGUUCUUACCCUUCUGUUUUCUUCCCUUUCAAACUUCGAAUCCCAAUCAUCGCCUUCUCUGUUUUCUUUGUCUCCUUAAGUGUACUGUUGGGUUGUGGGUUUCGCUGAACACAGGGGCAUACGAUGAACGCGGCCGGCAGACAGGUUUCGAAAUCUAAUCCGGCGCUUCAUCACCAACGGCAGUAUUCCGAUGAUGCUAUUAAUGUUCUUUCUGGAAGAUGGGCUCACCCUUCUAAUCAUUCUCAUGAUUUUGGGUCGAGGGCUAGCAGGGGAAUGCAGAGGAGUUUCAAUGAUCUUGGGUCGGCUGAUGCUUUGACGCCUCAGUCUCGGACGCGGUCUUCGAGCAUGAGGAAGAAUGCGGAUGAGAUGUUUCUUCCCAGUCAUUACAGCCCUGGUUUGCUCGAUCUUCAUGCUUUCGAUACUGAAUUGUUACCCGAGACCACUCACCGUAAAAUUCUGGAUGAACUCGAGCCAUUUUUCGCUGCUAGUAUGCUGCCUAAUAAGCCUGGAGGUGCAUCAGAUAACAAUCUUCUCAAAAGCUUUUCAGUUGACAAGGAAAGAACCAACAAUGUUGCAAAGAUCAAAGUUGUGGUGCGCAAGAGACCUCUAAAUAAAAAGGAAAUGACAAAGAAAGAAGAAGAUAUAAUCACUAUUGAGCGAAUGUCGAAUUCCCUUACUGUUCAUGAAAAAAAAUAUAAAGUAGACUUGGCAGAGUACAUUGAGAAGCAUGAAUUUGUCUUUGAUGCGGUAUUGAAUGAAGGCGUUUCUAAUGAUGAAGUAUACUCAGAAUCUGUGGAACACAUAGUUCCUCUUAUUUUCAACAGAACAAAAGCAACUUGCUUUGCAUAUGGGCAAACAGGUAGUGGAAAAACAUAUACUAUGCAACCUCUUCCUCUAAAGGCGUCCGAAGACAUUUUAAGAUUAGUGCACCACGUAUACCGGAACCAGGGUUUCCAAUUAUUUGUCAGCUUUUUCGAGAUAUAUGGAGGGAAGCUUUAUGAUCUCCUCAAUGAAAGGAAAAAGCUUUUCAUGAGGGAAGGUGGGAAGCAACAAGUAUGCAUUGUCGGGUUGCAAGAAUACAGGGUGUCUCAUGUUGACACGAUCAAGGAAUUGAUUGAGAGAGGAACCGCCACAAGAAGCACUGGUACGACUGGUGCAAACGAAGAGUCAUCUAGGUCACAUGCUAUACUUCAGCUUUGUGUUAAGAGAUUAGUUGAUAGUUCCGAAACGAAGCCUGCUCGACUUGUAGGAAAGCUGUCUUUCAUCGACCUUGCUGGAAGUGAACGUGGUGCAGAUACUACAGAUAAUGAUAAACAAACAAGAAUGGAAGGUGCUGAAAUUAACAAGAGUUUGCUUGCUCUUAAAGAAUGCAUUAGAGCUCUUGACAAUGAUCAGGGUCACAUUCCUUUCAGAGGCAGUAAAUUAACAGAAGUUCUUAGAGAUUCUUUUGUUGGUGAUUCACGCACUGUUAUGAUAUCAUGUAUUUCACCAAGCUCAGGAUCAUGCGAACACACACUCAACACGCUAAGAUAUGCUGACAGGGUAAAGAGUCUAUCUAAAGGGAACAGCACUAGGCGGGAUCCUUUAUAUUCAACUUCAAAUCUUCGAGAAUCAACAGCUUCUUUGUUGUCUUCAUCAGUACCCAUGGAGCAAUCCCUUGAGGAUAACAGAACUUAUUUACCAAAUGACAAGAACAGAUUUGGUUGGUCCAUGCAGAAUGUAAGGGAAGGUACUCCACCGUUGAAUGUCGAACGUAUUCCUAGCAACAGGGCAGUCAUAACUUUGCCUCAUCACAAAAGUCAGCCAAGUUUUCAAGAUGAUAUUGGUUACCCCGAGCAGCAAUAUGAACUAGAGAAAUCAUCAUGGAUGAACAAUAAAAUAACUGAAACUCGACAAGUGCCAGGCUUUGUCAACCAGAAGAAAACUCGAAGGGACAUACAUGAUUUUGAGACCGACUCUCCUUCGGCUGAUGACCUUGACGCUCUUUUGAAGGAAGAAGAAAACCUUGUUACUGCUCAUAGGAGACAGGUGGAGCAGACGAUUGACAUAGUCCGAGAGGAGAUGAACUUGCUUGUUGAAGCUGACCAACCCGGAAGCCAUUUAGAUGACUACAUCCUUAAACUAAAUGUAAUUCUAUCCCAGAAAGCUACAAGCAUUUUUCAGCUGCAGACUCAGUUGGCUCAGUUUCAGAAACGUUUGGAUGAGUACAAUGUUUUGGUGGCACCCUCCAGCAACUGAGCCAGACACCUCCAUUGUUUUUCCCUUCCAAAUUCUUCUCUUGCACGGGCCUGAGGGUGCUGGUCGAUCGAACUUGAUUAGGUGUGUGGUCGACGAACAACCAAGUUCUUCCCUCAGAGGUGGUUUAAGUUUUCUUGAUUGUAUAGAAGAUAUAUUUCCUGUUUAUAGUGUUUUGUAUUCAUGGAUGUCUGUCUCUCCCUCUGAGCUGCUGCAGCUGCUGCUAUUAUGAGCAACAGACAAUCAAGAAGGUACACAUGAUUCUGCUAUUAUGUUUU